CAACGUCCCACGCUGCCACCAUGCCACCAUCGCAACCGUUGGCCACGGAACCACGUUCACGUUCACCACAGCGUAUAGCAACGUAUAAACUACGCCUUCAUAACCCUGACCUAUCUAGCGACGAGCCACCCUCUUACGAUGAAAGCACGAGUAUUCCCGUCCCUUCUGAGAAGCGCGGGGAUUAUCGUCCUAAACAACUCACCACCUACAGGAGAAGGAUCCUCUACUGCAGUGCUCCGGGAAUCACCUACGCACUCUCAGCAAACAUCUCCCUACGAAACACGUUCACCAUCACCCUCACAUUCAUUUUAUUCAUCUAAUCAUUCUGCCCUGGUGGCAGAGUCCCAGCCACCACAGUUACCCCCUCAGGAGAUACCCCAACAGAUGUAUCCAUAUCAGCAGCAGCAGCAGCAGCCACAGCGCUCAUCUAAUUCUCGUCACACCACGCCAGAGAAGUCACAUCCCGAGAAAGAAGCGCCGCAGCAGUCUACACGCAGAAACGGGCCGCUCAUUCUUCGAUACGAGCCUCCUCAAGAACCUCAACCCGCGGCCGAGGAACAUCGCCAGGCCCGUGCUCAGGCCAAGCGCGGUCGAGCGAACCAGCUAGAUCCUAUUGAUGAACUGGAUCAAACGAACCCUCUGGGUAUGAGAUUGCACCAUGGCGGGCCUUAUGAGGCUAUACAGAAGGUCGUCAAGCCACAGAAUAAAGGGCAACAGAAUCGUUCUCAGAGAAAUUAUGACAAUUCUUCCAUCGAGAAUCUGCAGACCAGUGCAGCACCCGCUCCAUUUACACCCUUCGGCGCAUCACUAAACCUGACUCCGGGACAGAUACUCCCUCACAAUUUCCAGCCUUAUGUCCAGCCUGCUGCACAGACCCACUCACUUCAGAAUCAAACCUCGCCGACGUACAGCCGCAUCCCCUGCAAAGUCACACGUCCUCUCAUCAAGUAUAUCAAGCAGCGGAUCAGGAUCAAUAUCAGCGUGGCGGUAGAUUCAACCCUUAUGACGACCCUAUACAUCAAUCCCAAUCCCAAUCCUAUCAACCUCCACAAUCCCAUCGGCCUCCACGAUCUCAGCAACCUCCACAAUCUCAUCAACCGGUUCUGCCUGCCGUCCGGCCAGUUCAACCCACUCAAAUUGUACGACGAAGUCCGCGACCCGUUACUCCAGUUCAUGAGGAGAGCAACGAGGACGCAUACGGGGGUAUAGCAGAUGCGUAUGGCGGAAUAGAAGAAGAGGUGCCUGCACCAGCACCUAUGACACCUAGGUCAGAACGCAGAAGUGCACCUGUACCUCCGCCCGCCACCAAUGUCACACCCGGCUU